GGGCGGGAGGGUGGGGCCCUGGGGCAGUUAGGCCCAGGCAGUAGCCUGGGGAAUGAAAUGCCCCAGACGUACUGGGUGCAGAAAGCGCAGGCGCAGAGGGGUUAGGUGACAGCUGCAUCGGGUAUCAGGCAGUUUUGGCAGCACCAACCGCAACAGGUGUAGACAGGUCCCAUCUGAUUCCACCCUGGAAAGUCCUUUUGAAGAAAUGGCCCUAGUGAGGGGCGGCUGGCUGUGGAGACAGAGCUCCAUCCUUCGCCGCUGGAAGCGGAACUGGUUUGCCCUGUGGCUGGAUGGAACUCUGGGCUACUACCAUGACGAGACAGCACAGGACGAGGAAGACCGUGUGCUCAUCCACUUCAAUGUCCGUGACAUAAAGGUUGGCCAAGAGUGUCACGACGUGCAGCCCCCAGAGGGCCGGAGCCGUGAUGGGCUGCUGACCGUGAACCUGAGGGAAGGCGCCAAACUGCACCUGUGCGCGGAGACCCGGGAUGAUGCCAUAGCAUGGAAGACGGCGUUGCUGGAGGCAAAUGCCACCCCGGCCCCAGCUGGAGCCACCGUCCCACCCAGGAGCCGCCGGUAUUGCCCCAAGGUCAGGUGUGUGACCCACUCGUGGAGCCCCUGUAAAGUUGAGAGGCGGAUCUGGGUGCGUGUCUACAGCCCAUACCAGGACUAUUACGAGGUGGUGCCCCCCAAUGCACACGAAGCCACAUACGUCCGCAGCUACUACGGGCCACCCUAUGCAGGUCCCGGCGUGACGCACGUGAUAGUGCGGGAGGACCCCUGCUACAGCUCGGGCGCCCCGCUGGCCAUGGGCAUGCUGGCUGGGGCCGCCACAGGCGCCGCGCUGGGCUCGCUCAUGUGGUCGCCCUGCUGGUUCUGACCCCUGGGACCUGGACCCUGCUCUUAGCUCUGUGGGCCCUGCUCUUAGCACUAGCCCCCUUUACCCCUUGGAUCCCACCAUCCACACCACUCCUAUUUGACCCUCUCCUCUCCAUUACCCACUUCCGGGCUUGAACUUUCUUUCCUACUCCCUUCUCCCAAUUCACAAAGAAGCUGUCAUCUCAGGCAGGAACAUGGCUAGAAAUCCCCACAUCCGGACCUCCCAGAAAUCUCUUACAGACACAUAUGCAUAUAUUUCUUACAAACACACCAGGAAGUUGCAAACAACUGCAUGUGGCUUCAGAUUCCCCAGGCGCUGGGGUGACAACGUGAACAGGGCUCCCUGCGCUUUCCUGGUGGAGCGCCAGGCCUGGCGAGGGAAACAGGAGCAAACACACACUUGACUAAGCUGCAGUUAUCUAUGCUUUGACUAGGCUGUGGAGGGGAAGGGAGCAAGGCAGGUAGGCUGGGAGGGCCGCUGCUAUAGUCCGAAGAGUUAAAGGAGAGGUCAUUUGGGCUGGGCUGGGCUGGGCUGGGGGCAAAUCCUGGUGAACUGCAGGCUGAGGAGCUUGCCGUUAAAGGGGAGGUGUGAGCUUUUCACAGAAGUUUCAUGACUGUACCCAUAAAUGAGUAUUUUAGUACUGACGGUACCCUUACCCAACACUCCGAGGUUAGUUCUGUCCUUUCUACUAGCAGUUUCCUAGGCCCCUCCCCACUAUGCAACAACUGAAUUUAACCACGGGACUUGGGGGGGGGGGCAGGUGGGCUCCAGCCUUAGGAAGUUGCCUCCAUCAGGAAAUGCCUUUCUAUCCCUGGAGCUGUUCACUGCUGUCUUUCACUUCAGCUUUGUCACUUCCUUAAUUCUGGGGGAGAUGGCAGUGUUUUCCUCUGGGACUUGACCCAACUUUGUACCAGCCUGGGAAGCACUCCCCUGCCUUGUGCCUGCCUGCAGGCUCUUCAUUUGGUCUCCUUCCAGGCUCUUCCCCAGUCCUGUCCCAGUCACCAGUAGAAGUGCUAACAUAGUUGCCCAGGACUUGGUGUAGUCCGUUAAAAUUCCCCAGCUGACAGUGGUUCUAUUGGCUGAGCUGCAGAGAUUAAUAAAGACGUGGUUGGCUCUAGAA